AAACAAACAUUUAUCUUAAAUCUGCUUUCAAGAUGAUGCCAAUGAUGCAUUUAAGUUCAAGUGACGAAGAUUUGGAAGAAUUGUUUGAAGUUCCAAAAAAUGAGAACUUUUGUGAGGAAACUGUGCCCCAACGAUCAACAGUUUUUGGGGCAUUUUAGGAUAAGCAGGGAAGUAGCAACCCAAUUAUCAAACAGAUAUGAAGCUUCGCAAUAUUAUCACUACCAAAAAGGUGACUCUGAAAAAAUCAGCCCUUUUAAAACAGUUGUGGCCUUUUUAUGGUAUGCAAGCAAUGAAGCGGCAAGCUUAAGGGAUGUAUCUGACCGGUUUGGGAUUACGAUUAGCUCUCUUCAUAAAACUGUAAAGAGACUUACGUAUUUUUUAUCCAAUUUGUCUGCGGAAUUUAUAAAAUGGCCAACUAACGAGGAAUUGAAAUUGAAAGCCACUUUAGGCAAGACGAAUUUCCUGGCAUUAUUGGCGUCAUUGACACAUUGAAAUUGACAAGCCACAGGA